ACUGCGCAGAAGACGGCGUUGACUCGAGCAGUGGUUCUCUGUUUCCGGUACUGUGAACCCCUUUUCGUUGCGGAGGUUACUGCCGGGCGCCGAUAGACGGAUAUUAGUGAGUAGCAGUUGUCAUCUGGAUCCCUGACACCUGAGGGUUGUGACCCUGAAACCAGAAGCAGCGAGCUUGAGAGGACAUACUGCGUAUUGAGCAGGGGCGGCGAGCAGCGCGGCAGAAGCAACCGAAACAAACACACACACACACCUGACAUAAUGUCCGUCGACAAGGAGGAACUAGUGCAGCGUGCCAAGCUGGCGGAGCAGGCGGAACGGUACGACGAUAUGGCUGCAGCCAUGAAGUCUGUGACUGAGACUGGCGUAGAGCUCUCGAACGAAGAGAGGAACCUUUUGUCUGUGGCGUACAAGAACGUGGUCGGUGCCAGGCGAUCCUCGUGGCGAGUCAUCUCCAGCAUAGAACAGAAGACAGAAGGCAGUGAGAGAAAACAGCAGAUGGCCAAGGAGUACAGGGAAAAAGUCGAAAAGGAGCUCAGAGAGAUCUGUUACGACGUUCUGGGUCUUCUAGAUAAAUUCCUGAUCCCUAAAGCCAGCAACGCUGAAAGCAAAGUAUUUUACCUGAAGAUGAAGGGAGAUUACUACAGGUACCUUGCGGAAGUUGCCACUGGGGACAACAGAAAUACCGUUGUGGACGACUCACAGAAGUCUUACCAGGAGGCGUUCGACAUUGCCAAAUCUAAAAUGCAGCCCACCCACCCAAUCAGGCUAGGCCUUGCCCUCAACUUUUCUGUUUUCUAUUACGAAAUAAUCAAUUCCCCGGCCAGAGCCUGCCACCUGGCCAAACAGGCGUUUGAUGAUGCGAUCGCUGAGCUCGACACCCUGAACGAAGACAGCUACAAAGACUCAACGCUCAUCAUGCAACUGCUCAGGGACAACCUGACGUUGUGGACGUCAGACACACAGGGAGACGGAGACGAGCCUCAGGAGGGUGGGGACAAUUGAUAGACCUGCCUCUAGCAUAUAACACAACAACCAACUACAACAUCCCUUUACUAUCCUCCUUCAUUAUCUCUCUCUAUCUCUUUAAAGAAAAUUGUAACAGCAAAUUCGAAAAGAAACAUUGUCCUCUCCUUUGUUGUUUAUUUGUCACUCAUGCAAAAAAAUUGUAAUGGAACUAAAUGGAAUGGAACAACAAAAGCAACAACAAACACACUCAUUCACCUGUACUUGUUCCCUCUUGCUGGACUGAUGAGUUAAAUAUGGUGUAUUACACUCUCUUGGAACUGUGUAGUCUUUUCUGGAGAUUGAAAAAAGGAACAGAUAAGGAAUCUAUUUCUUGCGGCACACUUUAAUGUACCAAAAAAAAUUGAACGUAUGAUUGUCAACAAAUUCGUCUUUUUACUAUCCAGAAAUUCCUGGACACUGCUAAAUUUGCAUGACUUGCGAAAGAGGCGGUGUUUGAUGUUGUGACUAAUGAAUAUUUGCUAUGAAUUUGUCAAAAAAGAAAGUCAUCAAUUGAUCAGCCAUAUUAAUCUACAUAAAAAAAAUAACAUUGACACUUUGGUUUAAGAAUUUUGGCAAGUCUUAGUGAGAGUAAAAGCUUAACUGCUAAUUGUUGUGUAUAAAUAUAUUGCUUGGUAUAUAUUUUAUUUAUGGCAGAAAACAAAAAUAUUAAUGGCAACACAGUCUGAUAAGUUAAAUGCAGGUGAAUUUGGUUUGCAUGCCAUCUCUUCAAUACAGAAAAAAUAUUUAGCCACAACAAAAAACAGAUUUCUCUUCAACAUCUUAAUUUGAUAUGCAUUAUGAAAUUAAUAAAGAGAACUGUAAUAUGAAAAA